AUGUCGGACCGUCCUAGACGUAACAUAACUGCAUCUGCCACCACUAUGCCGGACCGUCCUAGACGUAACUUAGAUACACGAAAAACUCCUGCUACCGCUUUGUCGGAUCGUCCUAGACGUAACAUACCUGCACGAGCUACUGCUUCUAAUACUUCUGUUACAUCCACUCGGAAGGAGCGAACCACAACGCAUAGAACAUCUGUCACAAAAAGAAAGCGUAGAGUUGUUGAAGAAGCAGCUUCUACUUCACAGGUUAAUAUUACUAAUCAACCAGCAAGUGGUACAACUGUUGAGCGUCGACGUUCUAAAAAGGUCAAGUUUACUCAAGUAGAAACAUCUGCAUCUCAGGUUGCUACCUCCUCAAGGGGCGACCAACCUUCCAUUGCCACUAUUCAAGAAACUCAAGUGGCUUCUUCUGUCGUCAUUCAAGACACCACAAUUCCUCAAGUUACAACUACCACUAUUCCAGUUAUGCGAACAACUCCUAAGAAACGAGGAAGAGGAAGACCACCUAAAGCUUCUAAUGGCUCCGUAGUAGGACAAAAUUCCAGGAAACGUGGUUAUCAUGCUGUAGAGGAAGAACACAAGUUUGCAUUUAAACCUAAACGUAGAAAAGGUGACACUUUUGCUAUACCAAUUCCUAUUCGUCCUCAACAAGUCGGUCAAGUUUACGCUAUUGGUUUGAACGAUUGUGCUCAAUGUGGUAUGGAUGAAUCAACCGAACAUCUUAAAAAAGUAAGGCUCAUCCCAUCUUUGGGUCAAUUCAAUAUUGUUGAUAUAAGCGCAGGAUCUCUUCAUAGCGCGGCACUUACUUCUGAUGGUAAAAUCGUAACAUGGGGAUGUAACGAUCAUGGCACACUUGGUCGUUUCACUGAAGCUCCCAAGUCAGCAUUCGCAAAAGAAAUCUUUGAUGCAGGAAACUAUGAAAUAGGUGAAGAAAAUAAACCUGCGUAUGCUGAAGGUCUUGAUAAUGUCAAUAUCGUGAAGGUUAUAUGUGGAGGCAACGCUACAUUCGCUAUCUCCGAUCAAGGUCAUUUAUAUGCGACGGGAACGUUCAAGGGCAAAGAUGGGAUUCUUGGAUUUUCUUAUGAUCAUCAUGUAGAACAACCAAUAUUCACACGAUACAAACUCUUCGAAAAUUUAACAAUUGUUGAUAUAGCGGCAAAUGUCGAUCAUGUCUUAGCUCUCACAACAGAAGGAGACGUUUAUUCUUGGGGGAAUGGAGAAGCAUUUCGUCUUGGCAGAAAAAUAUCAGAGCGCAAAUCUCCAAACCCGCUCAUGCCAUACGACUUGGGAUUAAAACAUAUUGUCCGAAUGUACGCAGGCUCAUAUCACAACUUUGUAAUUGAUAAUAAUGGAAAAGUAUUAGUUUUUGGACUUAACAACACGGGACAGUGCGGAAUAAGUGCACCGAAACAAGCUAUCAUCCCCCCUGAAAAGCAUUCAUUCUUUAACAAAAUGGGAGAGGGACAGAAAGUUGAAGAGUUUGCAGUUGGAGAACAUCAUACGCUUGCUCGUACGCAAGAUGGUCGAGUUUUCAGCUUUGGACGCACUGAUUAUGGUCAAUUAGGUUUAGGGGAUAGCAUUCUUCCAGACACUAAAGAAACCAAAGGAAGAUUGGUUACUCCGACCGUCAUCCCGGGUCUCAGCUCAAUAAAAUCUAUAGGAGCCGGUGAUAAUUUCUCGAUGGCUGUUAAAAUGGACAACAAAAUUUAUGCAUGGGGAUUUGGGGACAAUUAUGUUUUGGGAAACAAGAAAGAGGAAGAUGCAACAUCUCCAUUUCUGAUUCCUGAUUUGGAGGAAUUUAAGAGUAAGGAUAUUGUACGCAUAAGUUGCGGAUCAUCACACGCGUUAUUCCUCAUGGCAACGGCUUCGAAUUUAGGUGGUGAUGCGAUGGACGUUGAUACAAACUAA